AAACGAGGUCGUGUCUUUGUACGUCCAUUCGUUCGUCCCUGCACUUCCCCUUCUUCCCAGCUUCCACAAGCGCAGAGAAGAGAAGAGAAGAGAAGAGGAGAGGAGAGGAGAGGAGAGAAGAAAAAUGGAAAGCUUAAGGAAGCUAGAAGAGUUACAAACGACGAUAAUGUUAAUGCAAUCCCACGGAAUCAUCACCUCUUCUUCUGACCACCACUCUGCUCGAUUCCUCGCCAAUCUCGUCCUCUUUCUUCUACAACCUUACGGAGAGCUGGACUUGGCGAAGAAGACUGCAUUGCUUUCCGAGUAUAUUCCAAAGAUUUCUGCUGGGUUCCUUGAGAAAGCCUCGGUCUGCCUCAGUGAGAAAGGCUUUCCACAACAGAUCUUAGUAAAGGACUCGCAGAAAAACUCUGAGGAUAAAUCAACUUCUGAUCUGUUGCCAACUAAUUUUGAAGAAAUAGCUACAAUUGGCCUUGAUGCAAUGCAACGUGCAAAUUCGACCAUUGAAGAUUUUUGCAGAUCUUAUUUUAUGUUUCACGGGAUGGAUGCAAACAAUCCGCAAGCAUUAUUCAAAUAUUUGCCUAUUCUUUCAUUCACAGAAAGUUAUAUUUAUCAGCUGGAUAGUUUGAAUGAGAAGAUAGUGCAAGCGCCAAGUAAUAGAGUGAAAUCCUCAGAAGAAGUAUACGAGAUGGUUACACCAAGAACUUUGGAAGAAAACCUGAGAUUAAUUGCUAAAUUUACAAAUGUAUUCGUGAGUGACCCUUUCAGAUCAUUGGUUGGUCUACUUGGUUAUCACGGCCUUUUGACUGAGAGAAUAAAAGAAGAAUUCAAGCAUGGAGAAGAGUACUGGGCACUCGAAAGAAUGCUUUGUUGUGCCCUAGUGAACAGAAAGGAGAUAUCUGUUGAAGAUGUUAUAAAGGCAAUUCAUCUGAAAUCUUUCGAUUAUCGAGUGCUGAACCUUCUCCUGUAUCAGUUGAGAGGAGAACAGGUUGAUGAGCUGCAUAUGGACUUCCUUUCAAUCUCAGAAUUCCUUGUGGAGGUAGCUGAUGAUCUAUUUGACUAUGAGGAUGAUGUAUUAGACAAUAAUUUCAAUGUUCUGCGCAUGUUCGUAAGGAUAUAUGGAGCUUCCGCCCCCACUAUGUUGGCUAAAUACAUAACUGAGGCUGAAGAAAAGUACAACAUGUUAUUGAAGACUUUGGAUCCCCAACUGUCCUUGAAUUACCAGAGAAGAUGUGAAGAAGCUACAAGAGAAGGAGGGAAUAUGUCUAAACAUCCCCUCGGAACAUGGAGUAUACCGCCACUAAUAACGGAUGAAGAAUUAUACCGGUCAAAUCUGCUAAAUCCCAAAUGAGCAAUUAUGAUUUCUCAAUGUUGGUUUCAACAUUUGCCAAAAUCAUUUUAUUGUCCAUAGUAGUGUGGUUUUUUCUUUGUUGAUUACACAAUCUCUUUCAUGACUUGAAGUUUGAUAUCAUGAUCAGUAUCCCA